AAAAUCAAUAGUUUAAAUAAAUUUUCCAAUGUUUUGAAAAAUAGUGAUUAAUACCCCAAAGGAUAUAACAUGAAGAUAAAACUGUCAAUUUGAUAAAAUACAUUUAUUGAUUUAUAUAUACACUCAAGAAUAGAAAUCAACCUGCAAGGAAUUCCCGAACUCCGCCAAUAAACAGCAAUAACACCUAUAACAUCUGCGGGGGGCUGAUAGCCAAGUGCCGGCGAACGCUAUAAACAAUAAACAAUGCGGCAGCAACAAAAACGAUAACGCCCAAACAAAACAACGGCGCCCAGAACGACCAGCAAGCGGACCCACUCGAGCAAACCGAACGGCCCAAGGCAUUUGAGUGCACAGCGCACACAGAGACGCUAGAAUAUCACUCAUACGACCCCGUGGCCAGUGCGGAAUGGGCAAACGAGUGGAAAAAUCAUCAUCGACAAGCGGCCAGCGCGUGUGUGUGCGAGUCGAGCGUCGGCGGGCACUAAACUUAGCCGGCGCUUACUUUAAAUGCUCAGUUGCCGAGCGGACCCUGAGUAAAGCGCAACGCCAGCCUUAGAUUCUCUGGCCGGAGUCCGGAAUUCGCUACCCGCAGUCCGGUGCCUUUUUCAAUUACUCCGCAAUUGUGAAAUCAGAGCAGUUACGCUGCCAGCAACAAGUGAUGUGACAUUGAAUAUCGUGAAGGGAACUCAAAUUCUAAAGUUGUUCCGUACAGGAAAAGUGCAAACAAAUGUUUUAAGGGCCGGCAGCUAAUUCAGCUCUCGUCAAUCGCACCGUUGCCCACCUGCGAUUUUAUAGAUUUUCCGUGUGUGCCGUCCGCGUUUGUUUUCAUUGGGAGUUCGAACAGCUUGCCAAUUGUGUAUUGUGUAUUUAAUAGUCCCGCAUAUAUACGAAUAUAUCCGGAAGGGAUUCGAUUGUGGCCGCCGGCGUGAGACCACAGCAAGAUGUCAUUCGAUAUAGCCGUGGCCGAUCAGAUGCGCAUUGCACUGAACUACGUGAAGUUCAAGACAAACCAGCAGCGCCUGCGCAGCAAUGACAAGGUCAUCGCAGAUACAGUUUACGGGAAGGUGAAGGGGGUGAAGUGGCAGUCGAUCUACGGCAACAACUACUACAGCUUCGAGGGAAUCCCUUUCGCCAAGCCCCCCGUUGGGGAUCUGCGCUUCAAGGCGCCCGUGGAGCCCGACCACUGGUCAGAGGUCAAGCGGUGCACGCGGGUGCGGUCCAAGCCCUGCCAGGUCAACAUCGUCCUGAAGCAGGUGCAAGGCAGCGAGGACUGCCUGUACCUCAAUGUCUACACAAGGGAGUUGCAUCCCCACAGACCCUUGCCGGUUUUAGUUUGGAUCUAUGGCGGUGGUUUCCAAAUGGGAGAAGCUUCGCGGGAUCUCUACAGUCCUGAUUACAUAAUGAUGGAACACGUAGUUCUGGUGGUUAUAUCCUAUCGCCUCGGAGCCCUGGGCUUUCUCAGCCUUGAAGACGAGGAGCUGGAUGUCCCCGGAAACGCAGGACUGAAGGAUCAGGUGAUGGCUCUGCGAUGGGUUAAGAAAAACUGCCAGUUCUUUGGCGGCGAUCCGGAGAACAUAACCGUUUUCGGUGAGAGUGCCGGAGGGGCCUCCACCCACUACAUGAUGCUGACGGAUCAGACAAGAGGACUCUUCCACAAGACUGUCGUAAUGUCGGGAGCUGCCCUUGCACCCUGGGCCCAGACCCCAACUCACAUAAAUUGGCCAUAUCGCUUGGCUCAGGCAACGGGUUAUACUGGUGAGCCGAACGACAAGGAAAUCUUCGCCCAUCUCAAGAAAUGCAAGGCCAGCAGCAUGCUGAAGGUGGCCGAGGACAUAAUCACCAUGGAGGAGCGCCACCAGCGGUUGACCAUGUUCAGUUUUGGACCCACCAUCGAACCCUAUGAAACCCCGCACUGCGUUAUCCCCAAAUCCCCACUAGAGAUGAUGCGCAACUGCUGGGGCAACAGCAUUCCCAUGGUCAUCGGGGGAAACUCCUUCGAAGGUCUCCUGAUGUUCCCAGAGGUGAACAAGUGGCCUGAACUACUUUGCCAGUUGGGAGAUUGCGAGAACCUGGCUCCUGUGGAUGCCAACCUCAAUGAGGAGCAGAAGAAGGCAUUUGGGAAGCAAGUUAGGGAGCUGUACUUUGGCGACAGGACUCCCAGCAGGAAGACCAUUUUGGAGUACAGUGAUCUUUUCUCGUACAAAUAUUUUUGGCACGGCAUCCAGAGGACUUUGCUCUCUCGAGCUCAUCACGCUCCAUCGGCUCCAACUUACCUGUACCGAUUUGAUUUUGACUCAAAGCACUUCAACACAAUGCGAAUUAUCACCUGCGGACGCAAAGUGCGCGGAACUUGCCACGCGGAUGAUCUGUCCUAUUUGUUCUACAACGCGGCGGCCAAGAAACUGAAGCGCCGCACAGCUGAGUUCAAGACGAUUAAGCGACUGGUCUCCAUGGUCGUUCAGUUUGCCAUUUCCGGGGACCCCAACAUUCCGAUGGUCUCCCACGAUGAGAAGGAACAUCCUCCAGGGGCGUGGCUGCCGAUUUCGCGGAAGGAUGACGUCUUCAAGUGCCUGAAUAUUUCGCACGAUGUGCAAGUAAUUGAUUUGCCAGAAGCUGAAAAGCUGAGACUUUGGGACAGCGUCUACGAUAGAGAACUUCUUUACUGAAAGACCCACCCACAUUUGUCAAACUCUCCUCAUCGGAAUACCAUAUAUCAAUAGCAAUACAGCCUAGCCCUAGACUUAGCCCCUAAGUUGGCCCUGAAGUGGCCUUAAAAGCACAUCAAAUGAACACAUGUAAAUAGCGAUUUUUUAAAGCAUAGCCGUAAGGGUAUAUACAAAAUAUAGACAUACAUAUAUACACAAA